AUGAUAAGAGUUGAAGUCGAACGCUCACAUACUCAUGCAUACUCCUCAUCCUACCCAAGCCGCUGGGUACGGCACGGUGGUUUUCACGGGAUGUUGAUCCCUCCUACGCCGACCCGGGAACGCCUAUGGUCCGGAUUGACUGAUGUCACAUGGCAGUUAAUCUGGCGCAGCUCUAUCAAAAUGCGCACCGGCCAAUCGAGAGAGGUAUACCUGCAACACCACCGCUCCGAGAUGGAUGCUGCUCUCGAGACACAUCGCUUUCUGCUGGGCCUUCAUAACUGGAACCUAAACAAGGGGGGGUUCUGUCAGAGCAGGCUGUUGUGGAGACUGACAAUCAAUGGGAUGAUCUUGCGCCAUGCCUUGCUUAGGCGGACGCGAGCGCAUGCAUUCAUCCUUGCAGCGAUCAGGCUAACAAGGUCAGUUGACAAAAUAUUCGAGACUUCAUCUCAACAUUCCCAUGUAAUCAUGAUUUCCGCAACCAAUAAUAGUCGCCUCGCGAUAAUAGAGUCGCAACCGAAAAUCUGCUAUCGAUCUGGCCGAAUACCGCGCCAGUAUGGAUUAGUGGUGCCGGUGUAUGGACAAGAUGGUCCCAAGAUCACACAGUCCUGCCUACUGACAUAUUCCUCAUGUGCUUCGAAAGGAAUUUAUCGACAAUUCGAGCGUUCGAAGAAUGACCAGUUCUCGGAUGAGAAGAUGGACUUCUUGUUGAUCAGGCUAUCUUCGAUUCUAUACUCCUGCCAAUUGAUCCUAACCUUCUUGCUCCAACCGCAAUAUCGUGGUUAUGAGCGAUCGAGAAACGUUAGUUUUUACGACGGCAAGCCUUGGGGCAGCAAAUUAAUGCUUUUUGCAAACAAGUUGACAUGGAUAGAUGGCUAUCCAGAUCUGACGGAGGGCGCUUCUGAGCCUAUUCCUCUCGAAGAGCGAGAACCUUUUUUGGCGCGCGCAGGCCCCAUUUCUGAUGUGCUCGAAGGCAUGUCUGUCGUCAAAGUCCUAGACGCAGGGACGUCGAUUCACAAGCAGCACAUGGCUUCCCCUCUGGCUAUCAUCGAUCUCAAAGCCCAGCAGAAGAUUGACCACUCUAACGACCACGAAAUUCUUUCCUAUCUGCCAACCCACUUGGGUGCUAUGGCGAUGGCUCGCGAGCAAGCUUCGAAGAACACAAGUAUGACCACGAACAGCCACUUGGACACUUCGCAGGCUGCCAUUCUGCUCAGCAAGCUCGAGAAGUAUUUUCAGAGGAACUGGAAUUGGAACUACGACAGCAAGUUUCCGCAAGAUCUGCGUAUUUCCUCAAAGGUAUUCCGGGAAGGAUCGAGAAGCAACUUGAGCGACCGAAACAUCAUUCAUGACCACCAUACAUCAACCUCGCCCGCUACACGCGCAAACUCCCGGCCAGAGAAAUUCCAAGCCUGCCCCUAUAUCCACACAUCUCAACGAAGAAUUACAAAAGCCAUUUAA